UCUAGCAUAACACCUACCUUGUUCUCUUACCUAGAGUGUAGCACAACACAAUCUCUCUCCGAAUUCCCCCAAAACACCACCAUGAUCGCCCUCCCUGGUCUCAACCUCGGCGCGCAAGCCCCGGAACCACUCAACGUCCCUACUACCUCCGCAACCCGCACCCAAGAGCUCUCCGCGAAUACCGAAUACCGCUUCGAAGUCAGCUUCGCGCGCUCCCUCGCCAUAAAGCUCGUCACGGGCACCGCGGAGUACUUCGGCACCGAGCUCGCCCCUGCGACUACCUACAACUUCUCCGGCGCAAAGGGCGCCGUCUUCACAUGGCACGGCUGCAAGCUCGAGAUCGGCGGCGAGGCAGAGUCCGAAUACGUUGCUGAAGAGACGCAGAUGAUGUCCGCCGCGAACGCGCAUUUCGCACUUGAAGCGCUGCGCGAGCGCGCACACCAGACGCGCGACGCCGGCCCCAGAGUCCUCGUCGUCGGCCCUGAAAACGCGGGCAAAACGUCCCUCGUCAAGACGCUCACCGCCUACGCCGUCAAGAGCGGCCAGCAGCCUAUGGUUGUUAAUCUCGACCCGCGGCAGGGCAUGCUGUCCGUCCCCGGCUCCUUCACCGCGGCCGCUUUCUCCUCGAUCCUCGACAUUGAGGAGGGAUGGGGUAGCAGCCCCAUAUCUGGCCCUUCUCCUACGCCCGUCAAGAUGCCGCUCGUGUACCACUACGGGCUGCGGGAUGCGGAAGAGGGCACGGUGUUUCGGCCGCUGGUCACGCGGAUGGCGCUCGCGGUGACGAGUCGGCUGGAGGAGGACCCAGCGAGCAAGAGCGCAGGCUUCAUAAUUGAUACGCCGGGUGCGGUGGCGCAGGGUCGCGCGGGCGUCUACGAGAACAUAGAGCAUAUAAUAUCUGAGUUUUCUGUCACCACCAUCCUCGUCCUCGGCUCCGAACGCCUCUACUCGGACCUCUCCCGCAAAUACUCCAACUCAGCCGAUGCCAUCGCCGUAGUCCGCCUCGACAAAUCCGGCGGCUGCGUCGACCGCAGCGACGCGUAUAUGAAGGCUCUCCGACAUGCGCAAAUCCGCGCGUACUUCUUCGGCAACAGCGAAGCCGGCCUCGCGCCGCACAGCCAGUCCGCAGGCUUCGACGAGCUGAGCAUAUUCAGGGUCAAGGAAGGAUCCGACAUGCAGUUCAACGACGGCGGAGAUGCAUAUGGCGGUGCGGCGGAAGACACGAUAUACGAGCGCGUGACCCCGUCCUCCGAGAUCGUGAACAAACUGCUCGCCAUCACUACCGCGGCGCCUACGGAUGGCCAUGCAAGCAUCAGAGAUGCGAGUGUGCGGGGUUACUUGUAUGUGGCGGAGGUGGACGAGGGGAAGAAGCGGGUGAAGCUGUUGGCGCCGCAGCCGGGGCAGGUGCCGAGUACGGCGGUCGUGUGCGGGCGGUGGCCCGAGGAUGUGGCUAGUUUGGUUGGGUAGGGGAACAAAUGAGGGAGGAGUGGAGGGGUGGAGGGGUGGAUGAAGGAUAUAUAUAUUGCGCGACUAGAG